CACAUACCUAAUUAUAUUAUGUGUUAUCUCUAUAGCUAAAAUCAACAGUUUAUAAGCAAUAUCGUGUAAUUCUCCAAUAAUCCAAUGGCAAAUCGUUUUUGUUCUAAUAAAACAAUAAAUUAAAACACGUCAUAUUGCGUUGUAUAAUUUAUACAGUAAGUUUUUGCAAUCACCUUCAAAACAAAUCAUAAUGCUACGUUCCAAAAACUUUACGUUUUUCAUGCUAUUGUUUUGCAAUGGCGUUAUGGGCUUUCAUUCGUUCAUCGUUAUGGGCUCAUUCAUAUAUUCAACCAUACUCUUAGCACAACUUAACGUUGCUGAAUCCGAAAUACCGCUGAACACCAAUCAAGCAUCAUGGAUAGCCAGCAUACCGAACCUCGUGUGUCCAAUCGGUUUGUUAAUUACCGGCAUUUUGACAGACAAAAUUGGCCGGAGAAGAGCUAUACAGACCACAUACAUACCGAUAAUUACCAGUUGGUGGAUGUUCGCAUUCGCUCGAAGUUACAACGUUAUACUGCUGGCUAGAAUUAUAACAGGCUAUGCCACAGAUAUAUUUGAUGUGGAAAGCAGAAAAAACUUACUGCCGGCAAAGAUGAUUUCGAGAAAUACAUCUUUUAAGAUCGAAAGCACUAUUGCGAUGGUGUUCGUAUACACAGCCGAAAUGAGUCCAACUUCUUAUCGACCAUUGUUUUUGUCUUUGAUUUUCAUGCUCUCGGCGUUGACUGCGCUUUUCGAAACGGCGCUUGCCGUGUUCUACACGUGGAGAACGGUAGCGAUGAUAUACGGUGCGAUGAGCGUGGUCGUCGCACUAGCCAUGUUCGCAGUGCCGGAACCGCCGCAGUGGCUUCGGUCUAUGAACCGUAUCGAAGAAGCCGAACGUGCCGAACGAUGGUUAGGAUUGGAACCAGACACUUCGGCGGACGUUGCUACAUCAAAGGAGCAGUCGAUCGCCACGCCCAGACUAGAUGAAACAACGUGGGCUGUGUAUACCAGUUCCUAUGUCUGGAAGCCUACGGUCCACAUGUUAACGCUGUACUUAAGCCAACAGUUCUCCGGCAUUUACGUGUUGACGGCGUAUACGUCAGAGGUUCUGAGAGACAGUCACGUGCGACGGGAUUUCCAAGUGGGCACAGCUUACUUGUCGGUCGGACGCGUCGUCGGCUCUUUUAUUUUUACCCUUCUGUCAAACGUCAAAAGGAAAACAUUGGCCGUAGUGUCCGGUCUAGGAAUGUUCAUCAGUCUAGCCGCCGUUCUGGGUUACAUGUGCGUGUACGACGACGUCCUCGACCCGCUGUACUCCGACAUCCCGUUAGCUGCAUUCUUUGUGUACACCAUCUUCUCAUACGUGGCUGCAGUCCCGCUGCCCUGGAGUAUAUCUGGCGAACUGUAUCCAAUGGCCGUUAAAGGUAAAAUGAACGCGAUAUCCCAGUCGAUUGGUUAUGAAAUCAUGUUUGGAGUCACAAAACUAUACCCAAUAAUGGUCUCGGCUUUAGGAUUGAAAACAGUUUGGAGCAUAUACGCCAGUGUUUGUCUGUUGUAUACUUUGUACGGUGCUACAUUGAUGCCGGAAACCCAAGGCAAAUCCCUAGAGGAAAUUACAGCUUAUUUUGAUCCCAAAAAAGAAAAGCAACAAGCCGAUAUUGUGAACAACAGUGUGGCAUAAGUCGAAGGCUACAUAGCAAACCCUCGUAAGUUGAUUUUUGUCACAUUUUACAGGUGAAACGAAAAACUAAUAUGUAUUCUUGCAACAGCAAAUUGUAUUGGCAUGAAAAAAAAUUGUUAUAAAUAAAUAUUAACAUAAUAUUCAAACAUUAAAUUUCACGCCAGAUCAUCA